AUGGCCGACGACGGCUUCCAGGCGUCAUUUAGAGAGCAGAGUGCGUUAAAUGACCCGUCAUCGAGCACGAACCAGCACCGGCAGCCACCACGCAUCGCGUCCAAGCCCAGCCUCCCUCCCUCGCGCCUCUCCCGUAGCGUCAGUUUUGUUGGAGGAAUAAAUCAUCCAGACGCAGACGAUGACUAUGAUCCAGAACGAGAGCCCCUCUUAUCGCCCGACGGCCAGAGACGCACGAAACGCCGUUUGACUGCACUCCUUAACAGCAGGAGGCGCGAAGAACGUCUCCGUUUACGCUCCGAAGACCGUGAACCACGCUCCUGGGUCGCUGUUGUCGGCAUUCUCUGCAGCGUUUUUGUCGUCCUAUUCGUCAUCGUCGCCGCGGGCCUCGUUGUGGCCCAGAAUCCGAUUCCGGGCAGUGGUCCUCAUCAUUUACCAAAUGGCAGGAAUCCUUCCUAUUUGAUUACAGCCGCCCAUGGAGCUGUGGCGUCUGAAUCCGAGACUUGUUCAAAGGUCGGCGUUGAUAUCCUCAGGGACGGUGGAAAUGCAGUAGAUGCCGCCAUUUCGGCGACACUCUGUAUAGGAGUCAUCAACAUGUUCUCGUCUGGGAUUGGUGGAGGCGGAUUCAUGACUAUCAAGCCCCCAGGAGAGGAGGCCUGGACGAUUGACUUUCGUGAGACGGCGCCGGCUGCAUCAAACGCCACCAUGUUUCUCAAGAAUCCACUGUCAUCUACCAUAGGCGGUCUCUCUGUUGCCGUCCCCGGCGAGAUUCGCGGAAUGGCAGCAGCACACGACAGAUGGGGACACUUGCCUUGGGUGCGCCUCUUUCGCGAGCCGAUAAGGCUGGCUCAAGGAUUUGUCGUAAGCGAGAUUCUGGAACAUCGUUUAAAGACUGCGGGUCAAUUUAUUCUGGAUGACCCUGACUGGUCUCCAAUCUUUGCUCCCUUUGGAGACUUUGUUCGCAAGGGUGAACGGAUACAGCGAGCCAAGUACGCAAAGACGCUCAGAACGAUUGCUGAAGAAGGACCCGAUGCGUUUUAUACGGGCCCGAUAGCAGACAGUCUCAUCAAGAAGAUUCGGGCCACGGGCGGUAUCAUGACAAGCAAGGAUCUUGCCUCUUAUAAGCCCAUUGUGCAGCCAGCUUUGGAGGGCACAUACCGUGGUCCGAGGGGGUCGCCUCCCCGGCGCAUCUACACGACGCAUGCGCCGACUUCCGGACCAGUUGUUCUUCACAUUCUGAAUCUCCUCGAAGGCUUUAACUUUAUUGAAGAGGGGCCCACACCUCUUAAUGUGCAUCGACUGGUAGAGGCUUUAAAGUUUGGGUUCUCCGCUCGGACACGGCUCGGCGACCCGGCAUUUUUCAAUGAUUCAACAAUCAUCAGCCAGAUCCCUACAAAGGAAUAUGCUCAACACAUUUUCCCCAAUAUCACCGAUGAUACGACCCACGAGGCCGCAUACUACAAUCCCGUCUAUGACGUUCCGGAGGACCAUGGAACGACACACACUAGUGCUCUAGAUCGAAAUGGGAUGGCAGUUGCACUUACUUCGACAGUCAACCUCGUCUUUGGCUCUCAUGUAAUGGAUCCGGAGACUGGGAUCAUUCUCAACGAUGAGAUGGAUGAUUUCUCGAAACCUGGAAUUCCCAACGCGUUUGGACUUUGGCCUAGCCCAUACAAUUACCCUGCACCAGGCAAGCGGCCACUCUCCUCUACUGCACCGACAAUUGUUACAGAAGACGAUGAGACAUUUUUCCUGGCUCUUGGAGGAUCGGGAGGCUCUUUCAUCUUUCCAUCUGUAGUCCAGACUCUCCUCAAUGUGGAUUGGGGAAUGGACAUCCGUCAGGCCAUAGAGGCACCACGGAUAUACGACCAAAUAUUUCCGUAUACUACGGUUGUGGAGACAACCUACAACGAGCGAGCCGUCGAGGGGUUGCGCGAUAGAGGGCACAAUAUCACUCUAUGGAACGUACUCGACUCCUUUGCCGCAGUGCAGGGGGUUAUGCAGGAGAAUGGGAAGAUUACCGCUGCGAGCGAUAGCCGGAAACUGGGCGUCGCUGCAGGCUAUUGA